GGGAGGACGGAGGGGGGGACGUCACUCAAGGGUGUCUCGCACGGAAAAUAAGAAGUAAAGUCCACGGUGAGACUAUUUUAUUUACUUAGCCGUGUGCGCGCACAACACAUUUGCGCAAAUGGCUUCUGCGCACUGGUAGGCGCAAACAUCCCAGGACUUUUCAUGUCCGAAAAGUAUGUUUUUCUCCGAGGUGUGCACGGCUGCACUCGCCACCGCUUGACUCGGCGCAUCCCUGAAACGUGUUCAUUUCGCGGCGAAGGCGUUCGAAAGUGAAAGCGCGACAUGGAAGAACGCGAGCGCGGCAACGGGGAGGCGCUGGAGCGGCAGGAGGCGGCGGAGUCCAACGGAGCCAUCCGGCCUCUCCUGCAGGUGCAGGCCGACCUGCAGAACCCUCACCGGGUCACCAACUUCUUCAUCGACAACAUCCUCAGGCCGGACUUCGGACGCAAGAAGGAGCCGGCCGCGGCCCACCGGGGCGAGAGUGCGCUGCUCGCGUCGCCGCCGGAGAGCCUCGGCAGCCCCGCCGCCGCGCCGCAGACCGAGCCGCUGGGAAGCACCGUGCCCACGGAGGGGACCUCCACGCCGCACGCCGUCACCGGGGCCAAGAAGCCUGCAGCCAUAGCCGCCGAGGAGCCCCUGAAAGCCCGCGGGGAGAGCGGGGACCAGUGCCUAAGCUCAGACUCGGACAGUUCCCACUCCAGCGCCAACGCAGCCCCGGCUCAGAAGCCCAUGCUGUGGCCGGCCUGGGUCUACUGCACCCGGUACUCGGACCGGCCCUCUUCAGGGCCCAGGUCCCGCAAACCAAAGAAGAAGACCACCACCACCACCAGCAAGGACGACAAGCGACCAAGGACGGCCUUCACAGCGGAGCAGCUCCAGAGACUCAAGUCCGAGUUCCAGAACAAUCGCUACCUGACCGAGCAGAGGCGCCAGAACCUGGCGCAGGAGCUGGGCCUGAACGAGUCCCAGAUCAAGAUCUGGUUCCAGAACAAGCGGGCCAAGAUCAAGAAAGCCACUGGCAGCAAGAACUCCCUGGCCUUGCACCUGAUGGCCCAGGGACUGUACAACCACGCCACCGUCACCAAGGACGACAAAUCCGACAGCGAUUGAAGUAUACACGCGCGUCCGUCCAAGAGCGCCACAACAAACGCGAGCCACAACAAACGCGAGCCAACCGAUGAUCACAGAGGAUUAUGAAGAAGGGCGCGCCUUCUUGCAAUGCAAUAAUGUCAUCAAUACAAGGGCCAGUUCAAAGAUAUAUACCAGCAUCAAUUGUUUAAAAAGAGAUAUUUCUGCAAUAUGGCGUCUGUAAAAGAUGUUGUAUAAAGUUGUCCGUUUGUUUGUUUGUUUGUUGCUCCCCCAUCCCCUCUAUUAAUCAACGAAUGAAUGCCAUCCAAUAAUAUGAUUGUCAUUGUUACAUCUGGCACUUCGAUCAGAAGAAACAAGUCCAAAGAAUGUUUAUUUUCCUGCUGCAUCAAGGCUACUGUGAAUUUAAAUCACAUUUUAAACUGCUGAAUGAAUCAUGUAUAAAUAACAAGAGAGGUCUAUAGCAUUAUUUUCUAACAUGUCGCUUCUAUAAAUGUUUGCGUGUGCAGCUAUUGUAGUUUUUUGUUUAUUUUAUAUAGCAAUAUCAAACACUGCAGUGUUCAAUGACUGAUGGCUGCUAACAAACAAGUAGCAUUAAAAGAAGCAUUCUGCAGGUUGUGUUCUUGGUAAAUCUUCUACAGUAAAUACAUUUUAUUACAUCUUGAAAGAAGACAUUUGUCGGUGACUGUAUUCAAAUGUGUAUUUAUAUAGAUUAUAUUGAAGAAGAAAAAAAAAUAUCCGAUGACCAGUGUUGCUUUAGAGUAGAUAUCUGGGCUGUUUACACUGCUUGUUAAUCUUGCAAUAACGUUCCUUUUCUUUUGUUGUUUUGUGAAUGGAAAUGUGUCUUAUGAGGCCUUUUGCAUGAAAGCUGCAAUUUGCUGUGCUGUA